GUUCCAUCUUCUUCUCUUCUUCGUUCACUGUGUCUCCUUUGAUCUCUGCAGAGUCUCUCUCUCUCUCUCUCUCUCGCUCUGUGUUUUCUCUCUCUCUCUCUCUCUCUUAUCUGGAUCUUCUUCGAGAUUUUGCUGAUCCUGAUCUGAAUUGAUCUGGUAUUUAUUCCACAUGGCUACAUAUAAGCCCAAGAACAUCCUCAUCACCGGGGCUGCUGGAUUCAUAGCGUCCCAUGUUGCCAACAAAUUAGUGCGCAGCUACCCAGAUUACAAAAUUGUGGUGCUAGACAAGCUUGAUUACUGUUCCAAUCUGAAGAACCUUAAUCCCUCGAAAUCUUCUCCAAACUUUAAGUUUGUGAAGGGAGACAUUGCCAGUGCUGACCUCGUCAACUACCUUCUCAUCACUGAAAACAUUGACACUAUAAUGCACUUUGCUGCUCAAACCCAUGUCGACAACUCUUUUGGCAACAGCUUUGAGUUCACCAAGAACAAUAUUUAUGGUACUCAUGUUCUUCUGGAAGCCUGCAAAGUUACCGGUCAGAUCAGGAGGUUCAUCCAUGUGAGCACAGAUGAGGUCUAUGGGGAGACUGAUGAGGAUGCUGCAGUGGGAAAUCAUGAGGCUUCUCAGCUCCUCCCGACAAACCCAUACUCUGCCACUAAGGCUGGGGCCGAGAUGCUUGUUAUGGCAUAUGGCCGUUCAUAUGGGCUGCCAGUUAUAACGACCCGUGGAAACAAUGUGUAUGGCCCUAACCAGUUUCCUGAAAAGUUGAUUCCUAAGUUCAUCCUGUUGGCCAUGAACGGGAAGCCCCUUCCGAUCCAUGGGGAUGGAUCCAAUGUGAGGAGCUACCUGUACUGUGAAGAUGUUGCUGAGGCCUUCGAGGUUGUUCUUCACAAAGGGGAAGUUGGACAUGUCUACAAUGUCGGGACAAAGAAAGAGAGGAGAGUGAUUGAUGUGGCUAAAGAUAUCUGCAAACUGAUUGGAACAGAACCUGACUCCUGCAUCCAGUUUGUGGAGAAUCGACCAUUUAAUGACCAGAGGUACUUCCUCGAUGAUCAGAAGCUGAAGAACUUGGGAUGGUCUGAGCGAACCGCAUGGGAAGACGGGCUGAAGAAGACAAUGGAAUGGUACACUCAAAACCCCGACUGGUGGGGGGAUGUCUCGGGAGCUCUCCUUCCUCAUCCAAGAAUGCUAAUGAUGCCUGGCGGAAGACACUCUGAUUGUUCUGACGAGAACAAGGACGCAUCUCCUGUCGCAACCAACACCAACCAGAUGCAACAUGUGGGUGUUCCCCCCGCCGAAACUAGUGAAAAACCGUCACUGAAGUUCCUGAUCUAUGGUAAGACCGGAUGGCUUGGAGGUCUUCUGGGGAAAAUAUGUGAGAAGCAAGGCAUUCCGUACGAGUACGGAAAAGGGCGUCUAGAGGACAGAGCAUCUCUCGUAGCCGAUAUUCGGAACAUCAAACCAACUCAUGUCUUCAACGCUGCCGGUUUGACUGGUAGACCGAACGUGGACUGGUGUGAAUCUCACAAAACAGAGACCAUCCGUGUCAAUGUCGCUGGGACGUUGACUCUGGCAGAUGUUUGCAGAGAGAACGGCAACCUCCUGGUGAUGAACUUUGCCACUGGCUGUAUAUUUGAGUACGACGCUGGGCAUCCUGAGGGUUCAGGCAUCGGCUUCAAAGAAGAAGACAAGCCCAACUUCACCGGUUCUUUCUACUCGAAAACCAAGGCUAUGGUGGAGGAGCUAUUGAGGGAGUACGACAAUGUGUGCACCUUGAGAGUGAGAAUGCCGAUCUCGUCCGACUUGAACAACCCGAGGAACUUCAUAACCAAGAUCUCGAGGUACAACAAAGUCGUGAACAUCCCCAACAGCAUGACCAUUCUUGACGAACUCCUCCCAAUCUCCAUCGAGAUGGCGAAGCGAAACUUGAGGGGCAUUUGGAAUUUCACCAACCCCGGGGUGGUUAGCCACAACGAGAUCCUGGAGAUGUACAAGAGCUACAUCGACCCUGCUUUCAAAUGGUCUAACUUCACACUGGAAGAGCAGUCUAAGGUCAUUGUCGCCCCUCGGAGCAACAACGAGAUGGACGCCUCCAAGCUAAAGACCGAGUUCCCUGAGAUGUUACCUAUCAAAGAAUCCCUCAUCAAAUUCGUGUUCGAACCCAACAAGAGAACCUGAAACACACCCUCCUCCUCGUCCGCCG